UGGAAGAUGAAGUCCUUGGAAAUGAAGACGAUCCCGCCCACUUCAAGAAGAAGCAAGCCAUGGUCAGGAAAUUCAAACAUAUGCGAAUCUGUGGAAAAGUAUUUGUUGGAUGCCUGAAAAAGACCAAAGCAAGGUGUAAACUUGUCCCAGUUUGCAAAGUGAAGUACUUCGCUUGCCGCUGCAUUCUGAAAGGUGUGUCUAAAUGCAAGAGAUUCCUUCGAUGGGUUAGGAAGAUGGCAAAGAAACACARAGGCAAAAAACACGAUGAGGAGGAAGAAGACGAAAGCGAAGAUGCGCUUAUGAAAAAGARGAAAUGGAGGAGAAUUGUGCGCAGGUGCAAGGCAGGAUAUGGACGAUGCUCCAGAGGAAAGAAAUUCUGUGGACCCUGUCUUAAGAAAUUCGGUACCUGCAUCAAGAAGAGAGUUUUGUAUCACGUCUGCAAGGCUAAUGGUCACWCUAAGAAAGGAGACGAGCCCAUGGAAGAUGAAGAGGAGGAACAUGAGAAUGCAAUGGCUAACCUCGUUGAGCAUGAAGACACCGAGGAAGACGAGAAACAAGUCGACGAAGAUGAGGCCGAGGAAGAUGCACGCAAAGGCAAGAAACCCACCGCGGCUCAGAUUCGAUGUGCUAAACGAGGUCUGAAGUGCAUGCUGAGAGCAAAGAUGAACUGCAGACGACAAGGACGAUGCAUGCGUCGCGCCAUGAGAUGUUUCAAACGAGCCAAACGUCACUAAAGGACGAAAUCACAACGCGAUAAAAACGUUAUAGUUAGAAACUACAUGUAGUUAAUUUAGUUAGAGAUAAAAAGCAUUGAAAACUUCA